UUGAACGACGUUGUACUCAAAAACCUCUUCAAACAUUUCAACAAUUCUUAUUCACUAACCAACAAUUUCUUCAUUGUUUAUUCACAUUUUUCUUUUCCUUUCAUCCCUUAAGAGUUUUUGACUGAAAAUAUGGUGCUAUUAUCCAAAAUUGCAACCAACGAUGGACAUGGCGAAAACUCGUCUUUUUUUGAUGGUUGGAAGGCAUAUGACAGUGACCCUUAUCAUCCCACAAAAAAUUCUCAUGGAGUCAUUCAAAUGGGACUGGCAGAAAAUCAGCUUUGCUUUGAUUUAAUCCAAGAAUGGGUUGAGAACAACCCAAAAGCCUCCAUUUGUACACCUCAAGGAUCAAAUGGCUUCAACGAUAUAGCAAUUUAUCAAGAUUAUCAUGGCUUGCCAGAAUUCAGAAAUUCUGUUGCAAGAUUCAUGGAGAAAGUGCGAGGAAAUAAAGUCAAAUUCAACCCUGACCGCAUUGUAAUGAGCGGCGGCGCCACCGGUGCUCAUGAGACUUUGGCCUUUUGCUUGGCGGAUCCCGGCGAAGCAUUUUUGGUGCCUACACCAUAUUAUCCAGGUUAUGAUCGAGAUUUGAGAUGGCGAACGGGUAUACAACUUUUCCCGGUUGUUUGCGAGAGCUCAAAUGAGUUCAAAAUCACUAGAGAAACCUUGGAAGAUGCAUAUGAAAAAGCUCAAGAGGCUAAUAUCAAAGUUAAGGGCUUGAUUCUAAACAAUCCAUCAAAUCCAUUGGGCACUGUACUGGACAAAACCACAUUGAGAGAUGCAAUGAGCUUCAUCUGUGAGAAAAACAUUCACUUAAUCUGUGAUGAGAUAUAUUCCGCCACGGUUUUUGACGAGCCCGGUUUUAUCAGCAUUGCUGAAAUAGCAGAAGAAAGCUCGGUAUCUAAACAUCGCGAUCUCAUUCACAUUGUUUAUAGUCUGUCAAAGGACCUCGGAUUUCCUGGAUUCCGAGUAGGCAUUAUAUACUCGUACAACGAUGCAGUAGUGAACUGUGCACGAAAAAUGUCAAGUUUCGGAUUAGUUUCCACUCAGACACAACACCUGAUUGCUUCAAUGCUAUCGGACGAUAUUUUUGUGGAAAAAUUCUUAGACGAGAGCGCCAAAAGAUUAACAGAAAGGCACCGUGUAUUCACCCGGGGACUUGCUAAAGUAGGCAUUAAAAGUUUGGGAGGCAAUGCGGGGCUCUUUUGCUGGAUGGACUUGAAGAGACUCCUUAAAGAACCAACAUUUGAAGCAGAAAUGGAGUUAUGGCAUUUAAUUAUCGACGAAGUUAAGCUUAAUGUUUCACCAGGCGCCUCGUUCCGUUGCUCAGAGCCAGGUUGGUUCAGGGUGUGCUUUGCGAACAUGGACGAUGAAACCAUGAGAAUUGCACUUCAAAGGAUCCACAAAUUCGUGAUUCAGAAAACUGGAUUAGACCAGCCAAUGACGAGAAAACAAUACAAGAGAAGUGAACUUGAAAUCAGUUUAUCAUUUCGUAGAUUGGAUGAGUUCAUUAUGACUCCCCGAAUGUUGUCGUCUCCUCACUCUCAUAUGACUUCGCCCCUUGUUCGAGCAAGGACUUGAACAAAAAUAUCGCGCUCUACACGACAUUUUUAUACCAAAUAAGUGGAAGAUGAGGCUUAUGCAGUGACAUACAUAUAGAUCAACUUACGAUUUUAACACCAUACUUACGGAACAUUCAUUCUUUCCAAUUAAGGCAGUAUUCAUGUUUUUGCUCAUUUGAUGGAUGUAAGUUGCAUCAAAUGGGAUCUAUUAAAAUUUGCUCAUUUUUUUUUUGGCAUUCCUUUGUUCUUCAUGUAAAGGAAGCUGCUAUUAUUUAAGUUUUGGGCUUAUUAAGUAAUGUAAUGUGACCAAUUGUUGUUUCAUUGUUCUAGAAUAGUAAAUGUCUCUAAAAUUGUCGUA